AUGCUGAAGCAACAACUGUCCCGUGAAUUUGAAAUGUCGGAUUGCGGUGAGGCAAGCUACCUAGGUCGUUACCAGCAGAAUCCAGUAGAUCAACAUUGGCAGGCUUUGAAGCGCAUCGUGAGAUACCUGAAGGGGACUACCAAACUCGGUUUACUAUACAACGAAUCCUCAUCACCGUUAAUCGGAUUUGUGGAUGCAGACUGGGCGUCGGAUCAAGAAGAUAGAAAAUCUGUGACUGGUUUUGUUUUCAAGGUGUUCGGAUCAACCGUAUCGUGGGCAAGCAGAAAACAAGUAACGGUAUCCACUUCAUCAAGUGAAGCGGAAUAUGUUGCUCUUAGUUCCGCUGUCAGUGAAGCGAUUUGGUUGGGUGGACUCCUGGAAGAUCUAAACU